CUGCAGGAAUAGGCUCUCUUCCUCCGCCGCUGCAGCCUGACUCUGACACAACCGGCAUGUCUGCAAACUGAGAGCCGCACAGAGAAUCACAAUCCCUCCUUGAAGACGCACAACUUGUGAUUGCUUUCUCCCCGCUGAAGGAGAAGGAAGGUGGUUAUAACGCUGCGACGAGGCUUUUUGGAGGGAUAAAGACUUGGAGGAGGACCAAAACAAGGUCUGUCCCUGAUAACGUGACCACUGAAGGAAGAGAACACAGAACUGCUUCAUCAUGAAUUUUGUAAUGAAAGCUGCGAUGGGAGGAGGUCCUCCUGAUGUGGGCAAGAUGCUGGGUGGGGAGGAGAAGGAGGAGGACCCCGAUGCAGCAAAGAAAGAGGAGGAGCGACAGGAGGCGCUGAGGCAGCAGGAGGAGGAGAGGAAGGCCAAAUAUGCCAAGAUGGAGGCUGAGAGGGAAAGCAUGCGACAAGGCAUUAGGGACAAGUAUGGCUUGAAAAAGCGUGAGGAGGCCGAGGCUGAGGCAGCAGCUGUGGAGGAGCCUGCAGCCGGCAGCUUGACUCGACCCAAGAAGGCCGUGCCGGCCGGCUGCGGCGACGAGGAGGAAGAGGAAAGCAUCAUGGACACAGUGAUGAAAUACCUGCCAGGCCCACUGCAAGACAUGCUGAAGAAGUAGGCUAGCUCGCUAGUUAAUACUAACGUUAUCUAGCUUAGUUCAUAGGCUACAUUCACAAGGUUGGCUUAAAUCAGGGUUUUUUUCUAUUCACAGAAAUGAACUCUGCUCUGUAAGUACAUAAAAAGAAGUUUAAUUCGGUGUGGUCUUUUGGUGUUUGGACAAAUCAAGGUUUUAUGGUGGGGAAAUUAAUCAGAUGUGAACCAGCUGUGUGAAUUGUAGCCAUUAGACUAAGCUAGGUUGACCCAACGGCCAGGUGAACGUUAGCUUGACCGAUGUUAACGUUAGCUAUGUUACACUAAUGAAGCUAACAGCAAGCAGAGGGGCUAAAAACACAAUGUUAGAUGGUUUAUCCUUCUAGUCUGAGACAUUUUAAACUCCUUUUUCGCUCCUCUGCGAUAGCUGCUGAGCUGUCUCGCAGCACUGAAAAAUAAUAUCCCUGUUCACUCACUCAAUUUGUACAUAAAUAAAUGAAUACAUUACAAGCCUCAAGGUGGGCAAACAAUCAUAAAAUAUUAUAUGAAAUUAUUAUACUAACUGUGUGUCUGUCUCUAAAAUAAACAAAAUAUGUGAUAACCUGAUAAGCCAUAUUUUAAAAAGGAAAUUUAAAGACUACUGUUGUGUGCUCCUAAAGCUAUUGUUUUGUGUUCGACCAUGUCUAAAAUUUAUGUAAAACUUUUUGCACACAGUGUUACACAUUCUCUGUCAGACCUAUUGUCUAGCUCCCCUACACACUCCCCCAACGCCCAAUAUCAGUGUAAUGACAUUCAUGUAGUGUAGUGUUUAAAAAUGUUUCUGUUCCCCUGCUCAGUGCGUCUCCUUCCUAUGUCUUGCAUGCCAUUUGUCUGGUAAGUUUGUUGUGUGAAUAUGUACCAGGUCACCCCCCGCCCCUUUUAUCCUCUUCUUUAUCAUGCAAAAAAUAUUAAGGCAAUAACUCCUAAGUUUGAGUGUGUUUUCACUACCAUGUCGAUAUAACCGUUAAUAAUAUCAGUCAUUUAAAAAAUGAUAUGUAUGCAUUCAGGAAAUUUAAUUUACAGGUUUGCAGGGUUUUUGUUUUUUGUUGUGUCAUUGUUUUGAUGACGAAUGACCGAGUAGCCGUUCAUACAACAGCCAAAACCUUAAGCUUUCAGCCAUAAAAACCAGAACUUACAGUAUAUAUAUAUACUAUUACUAUCAGGAUCUACUACUAGGGAGAGAAUACUGAAUGAAUAUGUUUGAAUAAAUAAGACAUAUGUAUUCAUGAUUUUUAAGCUAUAAUAGGCAGUAUCAACUUGAAAGAGACCAUCCUCCCUCAAUACACACACACACACACACAGUGAAGUGAAUACUGCAGUUUGGCUACUGAUUACACAGCAAAACCAGAAGUGUUUUAAAAGAAGAUGUGAUGCUUGAUUCAGUUCUACUUAUUGUUGGUUUAGAUGCGAGAAUGAGCCACUGAGGGCGACAUGGUAUGCCAUGAGCAAUAAAGGAUUAUCAUGUAUGUUUCUGCCUGAGAUUCAAUAAAAACUUAAAACCUUGUUCACAGACAUUAAAAA